UCGGGAGGCACUGAGAUGAGAGUAUAACACUAGAAGCAAGGCAACCUAUUAUUUUCCUUUUACACCAUUGUACGUAAAGAAUGACAGGAUAAGGAGUCUUUUGGCACACCGUAGUUGCAUGAAAAUACACACUCACUCACUCACUCACACCAUCAAAGCAAAAGAAUUGUGUCGUAUUGGGACAUCUUUCCCCGUAUAAAGCAAAGGGCUUUGCCUCCAUGUCACGCUCGAUUCCAAUCCUCUCUCUCUCUCUCUUUCACAGUUCGAGAAAGUGCAACAUAUAAUCCCUCCAACCUAUAAAGAAAACCACACACACCCUUAAUCCUUCGCAGUAAAAAAAGUUCUUGCCUUGACUCCACCACCCCUCUCCCCUUCUCUUUCCCUCUAUUAUUCUUUCUCUUCUCUCCUCUUUUCUUCUUCUUACCCAAUUCCACUUCUAUUAAUCAUCAUGCAAUCAUAUAUAGCCUUUUCUGUUUUCCCUUCUUUUCUCUUCAUCAUCCAUAUGUCAUAGACAUAUCUAUCUAUCUUCCUCCUAUGACAUAAAAAUAUACAAACAUAACACACAUAACUAGCAAGAAGAAAAUAAAACUUGCAUAUGGGUGGUAAUAGUAGUACUACUAGUAGUAGUAGUAGUAGUAGUAGUAGUUUUUUCCUUUCAAGGUUCCUUCGAGCACUUCUUGUGAUGGGGCUUGUUAGUCUUCUUGUUUUGGGAAGCUUAGGUAGUGGUGAAGGAACAAUACAUCCAACUACACAAUGGUCUCAAGAAAGGGUCAAGCAUGAACGAGUGGUUGGUAGAGAUAAGCCGGUGGACCGUGCAGAAUUGGACUUCAACUACAUGAGCAAAAGAAGAGUUCCCAAUGGACCAGAUCCUAUUCACAACAGGAGAGCUGGAAAUUCUGGCCGACCACCUGGCCAAGCUUAGUUAACAAGGAAAGUUAGACAAGCUUCAGCAACCUUGCAGAAGAUGACACAAAUAUGUUAAUUAGCCAUGUAUUGUGAGAGAACUGAGAGUAACUUAAUUCAUAUAUAUAAAUCCCUGACCCUGAGCUUCUUAGAAUUCUAUAGCUUGCAAGCAAGGGCUAAUCUCUAACUUGCGGAAAUUAAUUUGUUAUGGGAAGAGUUGUUUGAGGCCUAAAGAGGUAAGAAAAAAAAGGAAAGGAAGCUUGUCCCACAUGCAAAAUAACCUCAAAAGAUAGUUUGAUCAGUUUCUACAGAAACUGCAAUUUAGUGCGAGUGUUGUUUUUUUUUUUUUUUUUUUGAACUUAUUGUGAUAUGAGAAGGGGGGUAGCUGUGUCACAAAUUUCAAUGGAAUUGAGAUCAGUGCUUGCAUGUAAAGCAAUUAACGUACCUUUAAAGUUUAAAAGCCAAGAAAGAUGCAUGUACAAGAUGUCCUAGCAACAGCAGAAGCCAUGCAUGCUUUUGGAGGACUACACAAGUUUUCUAUGUUAAGGGGGGAAAAAAAACAAAGGGUCUUGGCUUUGGUUUGCUCACUACUAAGUUUGGGAAUUUACUGUUUCUUGUUGUUGUUUUUUUAUUAUUAUUUAUUGUAAAGAUUAGCCAUGAGUUCCUAAAGUAAAUUCCACCAUUUAAAGGUGUUGGCGCACCUGUAAAAGAAGGGUUUUUGCAUCUUGUGUUAGUCUUUUUCACUAGAUUCUUUGGUGGGGUGGUGAAACUGAUUGGUCUUCGGUCCAUUCAAACAUUUUAAACUGUUAUUA